AUGGAAUUGAGUCAAAAAUAUGACGGGAAAGUGGCAGUGGUAGGCGCAGGUUUGGUAGGGUGUCUUGCCUCCCUAGCGUUGGCCCAACGUGGGUAUGACGUGACAGUGGUGGAGUACCGUCAGGAUCCAAGAUUGGAGGACACUACUGACAGAAACUUGAGAUCCAUUAAUUUAGCCAUCUCAGCAAGAGGAAUCGAUGCGUUGAGGUUCGUGGGCAAUGAAUUAUGUGAAAAGGUUUUGCAUGAUAUGAUGCCAAUGAAAGGUAGGAUGAUUCACGAUAUUGAUGGGAGACAAAAGGAACUAUUGUACGGGAUUGCAAAUGAACAUAUCAAUUCUAUUUCAAGAGCUGGUUUGAAUUGCGAUUUAUUGGAUGAAUUGGAUGCCGUGUCAAAUAUCGAUAUAUGUUUUGAACAUAAAUUGACCAGGAUUGAAUGGGGUGACUCAAAACAAGUAUGUCAUUUCGUUCAGAAUAAAGAACCGAUGACUUUUGAUUUCGUCGUAGGUGCCGAUGGCUGUUUUUCUACAGCAAGGUCUCAAAUGCAACGUAAUUUGAGAAUGAAUUAUAAACAAGAAUAUAUCGACUGUUGCUACAUCGAAUUGUAUUUGCCACCACGGAAAGAUGGAGGAUUCGUCAUGGCCAAGGAUGAUUUACAUAUUUGGCCCCGUGGUAAAUUCAUGUUGAUCGCUCUUCCAAAUGCUGAUGGUUCAUUUACUGUGACUUUUUUUGCUCCAUGGUCCCAAGUAGAUUCAUUAGUGAAAUCAAAACAAGAAACAAAAAAUUUCUUGCAAACCAAUUUCCCUGAUGCAAUGGACCUGAUGGGAUUAGAUUCCACAGCAGAUGAGUUUAUCAAUAACCCAAAGGGGCCAUUGAUGUGUGUAGAAUGUUUGCCUUACAACUUGUCAAAUGGUUCGGCGAUCCUAAUUGGUGACGCCGCACAUUCUAUGGUUCCAUUCUACGGACAAGGGAUGAACUGUGGGUUUGAAGACGUGAAGGUUCUUAUGCAAUUGUUGGAUAAGUAUCGUGGUGAUCGAUCAGUCGCAUUCAAUGCUUACACUGCCACGAGACACGAGGAUCUCGUGGCUAUCAACAAGCUAGCCAGAGAAAAUUACAAAGUAAUGUCUGAGAGUGUGACAUCUGUUUGGUUCAACGUUUACAAACGCAUCGAUGAGACAUUCUCUAGAGUACUAAAUGAUUCUUGGUUAACAUUGUACACUAUGAUCUCCUUCAGAGCUGACAUUUCAUACUCAGACGCCAUCAGACGUGAUAAUAGACAACGCAGAAUCAUUAAAUGGAUAUCUAUAUCUAGUCUUAUGGCUGCUACUGUUAUAGCCUGUCGUCGUUUAUCCCAGUAG